CCGCAUGUACACCCCUCAGAGUCUCAGACGUACGCUAUUAGUAAUCAAAUCCUCAUUAAGAGGAUUAACAGAUUAAUGUUUUGCUGAAAUAGGCUUUAUUAGACCUCGAAUUAAUCCAAUAUUAAAUGCUACAUUUAACCCGCAACUGCGACGUGAAGCGUUAUUCUGAAGGAAGCAAGUGCUGCAGUGUGUGUACUCAGAUCGGAGGGCUCAUCCACGGAGGGGCACAGUAAGAAAUGAAAGAAGAAGAAUGGACGGAUCGGUGCGAGAGGUAUUUCACGUCAAUAGCUGACAACGAAAAGCAGGUUCUUUCACAGGCUGAAGCAAAGUCGACUAGCGUUCCUUCUGUGGAGAAAGGGGAGCGGAAAGAGAAGGGGGAUACAUACUCCACCGUGAUACAAUGGAUGUCUCUCAUGGAUUUACACGGUGCGGCGCUGGCUGGGAACUCAAAGUCAGUCCCAGUUAAGAUUUUUUGGUUGUGUGUGUGUGCGACAGGGAUAGCUACUCUGUCCUAUCUUAUUUCCGAUAGAGUCGCACAUUACAAGAACAAUGAUUCACAUUUCGUUCUUGUUUCAUCCGACACAGUAGCACCAGCGUUGCAUAUCCCUUUGACAAUUACGGUGUGUAACAUAAAUUUGUUAAGAAAAUCAACGCUGAAAGGCACUCGUUUUGAGAGUUUAUUGGACAUUGAGAACCACGCAGAAAAUGUGUCGUUGCCAUUUCGAGACCUGAGGAAAGACGUUGAAGAGGAUAUCCUGAAGGAUACCAAACUUCAACAGUUUGGCCGUUCAUUCAAACUGUCGCCCUUGAUCGAAAGCACAAGGGGUGAGUUUGAGGCAUUCCGGGGGAUGUUGUCCCCAACUGACUGGGAGAUGCUGUACCAGAAUGCUGUGGACGGUGACAUGGAAAGCUUACGACGUGCGUUACGUUUGAGUCGGGAGGAAUUACUCCGCCACGGCGUCAGGGUCGACGACGACAUCGUGCACUGCUGGAAAGAUGGGAAGGCUUGUGUAUCGGGUGAAAUGGCGCUGCAUAGUGAUGGUUUCCAUGGCAACUGUUUGGAAAUGACUUUGUCAACCCCUGAUUCAUUGUUUGAGAAAGCCUCUCUAAUCUUCAAUGCCAGGCCCGGAGACUACCUUGGCCUCAUGGCGUCGACAGUAGGGUUCAAGGUCAGAGUUCAAGCUGCUGGAUUCAACGAUUCGGAGACCGCAGAAGAGUACUUAGUAACGCCCGGAAACAAACUUCAGUUGAAUUUACGAAAGGUGUACGACUUCAGACGUGAGUCUUCCAGUGGUGGACAGGAAAACCGAAAGCAGUGCCUUGAGGACUGCCUGGACAACCUGACACGUGACCUGUGCGGCUGUUCUGCGUCCAUUGAUGACUCACCUGCCGACAGAUGCCGGGUAGACCAUGAGUACCAAUAUGUGUGUUCCCGGGUACUGGCGAGGAUGAAGACUUCAGGUCAGCUGCCGUGUCCCUGUCCGAAUAGUGGCAGAGAGCGUCGCGUUACAACUUCCGGUUCCAUCACGACGUGGCCUUCGGAACAACAUCAGGCCCACUUGAUGAAGAAUCUGCAAGAGAAAGGUUACUACGGAGAUGCUUCCAGUUUAAGAGCAGAACUGGUACAGGUGGAGAUCACGGCACAUGACACAGUGUACGAGAAAUAUCAAGAAAAACGUGAUGUCACGAUAUUCGGACUGCUGAUAGAAGUUGGGGCGUUCUCUGCCUUGAUAUGUGGCAUGUCUUUCAUCACGUGUCUCCAGCUCCUUGUCGGAUUGGUCAGCCUCAUUUUCAGAGCGUAUAGAUGCAGCUUCCAGAGAGAUCUUCCCAAAGAAGGAGCCCACAGAUUGAGAGAUGCCGACAUUCAGACAGUCACGUGGUCUCAGAAGGGAACCAGUCAAGACAAAACCAGGCACCAAUCAACAACCACCUUUCUCUCAACUCUCUCUCCUAUUGGUCAGUCAUACUUGGAUCCAAUAAAUGAAGUAGACACACCAAGGACCGAGUCUCACACAUACGAGGCUAUCUAUUCCAGAAUCAGCCCUCGAGAUGCUCCGUGCAACGCUCUCAGUAGAUCCAACAGGAACUUCAGCCAGUGGCCCCCUUCUAGGACCUGUAAACAAUGGAACGCCACUGAUGGGCCUUCUGCGGGAAGGGAACGAUGGAAAAAGCCGACUUUUGGUUCUCUUGGGAAAGCGGGAUUCGAAAAUAAAGUAUUUUAUGGUUCAAAGGACGAUCUCAACAAGCAGUUUCCCGCUGUCGACAAUGGUGCUGACCGUUUGAAAGCUAUUACAUCGCCUCGUCGGAAUUCUUGGUCCGAGCGUCCAACUGUUCCGCCACUGGAUCUCACCAAAAUACAAACGUCGGAUGGGUUCUGGAUGCGAAAUGGGAAGUUAGUCUCAGCCGAGGAUUACUUUAAACGUUCCGGAAGCGGAAGUCACGUGCUCACGUCGAGCGAUUUCGCGAGACGAUACGGAGUUCCCAAUGUUCAAGACAACAAUGAGAGGACAAAAUCCAAGAAUGUGUUUUAUAUGUAGUCUGAAGCUCAAGACUCAUAUGGGUUGUUAUCGUGACAGAGAUGUACAUACUGACGUAUUAAAGAUGAAAUAUGAAAUAUAUAUGUAAAGUUAUAUUCUGAUCCAUGAUAUAUUUAAGAGAUAUAUUUUUGCAGUGAAGACUGAGCACAACAUUUUAUAUAAUAUCUCAAAUAAUAUUCAUGAUUUUUAUGAAUUUUUAUAUUCAGCGUAUAUUAUCAUGGGAGGAUAUGUCACCACUGCUAAGACCGCCACAGUAUUAAACCUACAGCACUGACUAUAAUUUCCGCUUCAACGUUGCUGUAUCAAGUCCACAUGUAAAUAACCAUGUACAUACCACCAUAUUUAUGAUAUUUAUUUUACAGGGUAAACUGUUACGAUACUUUGAAUAA